AUCGCUCUUUAGCGUAUACAGCUCCUCGUCAUGUUUGUCGUUUACGUUGUUGCUUCCAUCUACAUCGUUAUAAAAAUGUACCAGCUUUUCCGCAGAUUCUUUUCCACCGCUCCCGCUACCGACCCGGCAGUCCUCCAAAAAGUUCAGUCAUUGAUCGCGUCUAACGCCGUCUUUGUUGCCUCCAAGUCCUUCUGCCCAUACUGCUCCUCCACCAAGCAGACCUUACAGAAGAUGAAUGCCCGGGCAGAGAUUUUGGAGUUGGACAAAAUCGCCGAUGGCAGUGCUAUCCAGCAGGCUCUUCAGGAGAUUUCCGGCCAGAAGACCGUGCCGAACGUGUUCAUCGGUGGUAAGCACGUUGGUGGCAACUCUGAUGUGCAAAACUUGUACCAACAGGGUUCUUUGAGCAAGUUGAUUGAGGAGGCGACCAAGAAAUAACGGGUGGAUAUGUAAUACAAAAAGGUGGACACCGGGUCUUCUCAAUAGAUAUGUAUAUAUAUAGUGGAAUCAAACAGGAUUUAGGCGUAAACGCGACCCUAGAAAGUCGAAUCUAGAUGUUAACCUGAUAUCAAAAUAGAAUGCAGCUAUUGAGUCAAACAGCAUGGCAGUUGCCUGUUAGCUAAAGGAAUCUAGUGGUUUGGACUUUAGCAGCUACAACUUGGU